AUGGCAGAACAAGCCCCAACAUUCACCAAACCCAACCGUCCCUUAACCUGGCUGAUAACAGGCUGUUCCUCCGGCCUGGGCCUCUCACUAGCACGCGCAGCCCAAUCAAACGGCCACAUGGUACUCGCAACAUCACGCCAACCUUCCCGCACCCCAGAGCUAGUGUCAGAGAUUACCCAUAACGGGGGCGAAUGGUACCCACUAGACGUCGACAGCCCAACCGCAGCUUCUGAGCUGCUAUCUACCCUCGAUUCUGCAGGACAUAAAAUCGACGUGCUGGUCAAUAAUGCCGGAUACGCGAUUCUCGGGGCCGUCGAGCAAUUCUCGGACGAGGAGGUGCGUGCACAGAUGGAGACGGUGUAUUUUGGACCGAGUCGGUUGAUCCAAGCGAUUGUGCCUGGGAUGCGGGAGAGGCGGUUCGGAGUUGUUGUUAAUGUUAGUUCUGGGGCUGGAUUGGAGGGCAGGGAGCGGAUGGGUGCUUAUGCGGCUGCGAAGGCUGCUAUGGAUGGUUUAUGUAAAGUUCUCGCUAAAGAAGUUGCGCCUUUCAACGUCCGUCUUCUGACGGUGUGGUUGGGAGUGUUCAACACACAGUUUGGACGUGGAUGUCUUUCUCCUGCUAAACCUUUACCGGCGGACUAUGUUGGCUCUGAGGCCACGCAAAUGAUGGAGGCUAUAAAGAGUGGUAAGCAUGUUGCUGAUGGUGAUACGGAUAAGGGUGCCAAGGUGAUUUAUGAAGUUGUCGUUGGUGAGGGCGUUGGUGUUGGGCGUGAGAAUGAGGAAUUCUUACCUCUGGGUCGAGAUAUGAUCCCUCGCGUUGAAUUGGUGCGUGAUCGGUUGAUUCAUGCACUUGAUGUGUUCGGGGAUAUUGCUGCGAAUGUCUAUAUUGAGAAAUGA